GAAUUGCAAAUGUGUGUGUGUGUGUUGUGCUUGUGUGCACGCAUGUGGGAAAAUUGUUUCUUCAAAAAUAUAAACCCGCUAACCCUAUGGACGUGAGAUGCCUUCGCUUUCGGGUUGCGUUAGGUUAGGUCCGGCAGUGGCAAUGGCAAAGCGUGAAUGUUUACUCAACCUCCGCCAGGCGGUGACAACAAUUCCCCAGCUUGUGUGUGUGUGUGUUUGUGUGUGUGACGAGUGAAAUGAUGUGUUGAAAGGACCCGUGACGUGAAGAGAAAAUCCCACCCAAACUCCCCACCGCUGCUAAUGAAAACACAAGCGCGCGCGCGGCAGGGACAUUUAGGGGCCCGAAGCGUUGAUGAAACUGUUUACCUAAGCGCACUAAUCAUCUCCCACGACGGCAAGCGAUGAUGUGCCCGGCGAAGCCGGCAAAGUUCCAUGCUGAUUGGUUAUUAAAUAAUUUCUUCGCUAAUCAUGACCUCCGACAUACACCACAAAACCCCCGAACCGCUCGGUCGAUUAGCUCGCUUUCCUAUCGCAUUCGUACGCAUUUCAAUCGGAACACGGCUUUGACAACGGUUUGACAGCCGUGGCUUACUUGGAUGGCAGUAGAUUAUUUCCGCAAGAUUUGAGAUCUCAGCAAAUGUCAGCAGCCAAACGAUGAAGCGUUCUGGGACGAAGAUGCUUUCUACCCGCCUUUGGGAGUACCGUGUCCGUCUAUCAAUCUUCGUUAGCAUUCAUUAGUUAGCAGGGGACGGUAAGCGCUCCCUCCCCCCCCUUGGGACGGUUCUGGGUGGGCGUUUAAUUUAUCAUCGGGAAUUUAUGAUUACGCGUUCAGCGCCAGCCUUUUUAUUGGGGCGUGCGUUUUAUGCGUUGUUUUGCUUUCCUAGGGUGCUUGGCAAUCGCAGACGGCGUGGUAUUUCUGUUCUCGAUACAGACCUUCCUCAAUCCGGGAUUCUGAGGCCACUCAAGCGUCUGCACACUUGACUUGAUCUGGGGAAAAGGGGAGCCGGAUGGAGAGCUAUUUUUGAAACCACCACCACAGUUUAAUUGAACGUUAAUGAACAAAGCUUUAGGAGCGAAAACAUUCCCUCCCAGCUCCCGUGCCGGCGUGUUGUAUUAACCGUAACCACUUCAAACGCGGCAAGGGAUCCGGGAGAAUUGCUCCCCAUUAUAAUUUGCAACUUAAUUUGACUACCGCUCCCGUCCUACUGCACCGAGCACAUUCCGCUCCAGGGAGAGCAGAAAGGAUAUUGUCCUUUUAAGGCAAAUUUCGCCUCAAACACUCCGUGCUAAAAACUUUCCCACCCAUCUCGGGGCUUAAGAAGCUGCUGCAACAUUCGCCUUGGGCUUAAGCUUGGGGCUUCUACUUGGCGCUGUGAGUGUAUUCCCCACUCCACUUCCUUCUUAAUACUCAUCUAAGUGCUCCCAUCUUCUUACGGGAGGGCAAUGUCGUUUUACCACCACACUUACCCAUCCAGGCUUAUCAGCCCGUAUCCAUCCCCGAGAUUGCGAGUCGUUCUCCCAACGGGGAUCACACGCUGGAACCUUCGCACGCGGGGAAUUUCACUUUACUUCCAACUGUCAAUUUAACAUCCCGCAUGUAUGUGUGUGCAUGCUGUGCGAUGGAGCGAUGCGCAACGCGUCUUCGAUACGUGAGCCAAUUUUUUGGCGGCUCCUCUUUCCGUGUCGCUUUCCGUCGUCGGAAAAGCUUCCCUCUUCGCGUAAGUGAAAAAGGUCGAAAGAAGUCGCGCAUGGUGGUGGUGGCUACCCUCCAGGGACGCACAGGAGACAUCGCACACAAAAUCGGAUGAAAUUACACCGUCCUUAGUCCUGUGUCUUGGCAUACAAAAAGCGUGUUGCAGGGAAACAGUCUCCAAGGACACUAAAUGAAGAAAAAAAACGCAACUAAACGAACAAUUUGUACUUACGAACCAGAGGCAAGAUUAGCUGUGUGUGUCAGUAAAUGUGAUCCUCCAAUAAUGCAGGGGGAUUUUUGUAUCGGUUUCGGUGUAUGUUUUUAGCGUCCCUCGUCCUUGCGUGUGACGAUCCCUUCCCUUCACGGGUGCAUCCGCAAGUGCAUUGUAAUCGCAUUGUAAUGCUACCUACCCCACACCCAGUAAUGUGCAGUGAUUGUGGCGGCUGGUGACGUGCUUCGAUGACGGUGAACGAUAACGGUGUGCCAAAGAGCGAUGUGUAAAGCGAUCCCGUCGCACAAGUGAGAUUGAUAACGGCAUCAUUCAUACAGGAGGGCCGUCCGGAGGGCGAAGACGUACCUAGCCUGCAGCGUCACCACUGACGUAAAGCCAGUGGGUAGGAGCAACCCGUGCGCAGAGGGCAAACGCACCACCGGCGAGGCGAGGGAGCGUCCACUAGUACGUGACGACCGUCGGCGGUCGCGUCGGAUGCGUCCGGACGCUACCGGUGCCACGGUGCGACUAUGUACGGGCUGCUGCUCGAGAACCUGUCCGAAUACGUGAAGGCCGUCUACGGGGAGGACAAGUGGGAUGACAUCCGCCGGCAGACGGGCAUCUCGUCGCCCUCGUUCAGCGUCCACGAUGACUACGACGAGAAUCUGCUCAACGUGCUGGCGACGAAAGCGCAAGAAAUUCUCGGUAUAUCGGAGCGUGACUUCAUGGACCAGAUGGGCGUGUACUUCGUCAACUUUGUCAGCCAGUACGGGUACGAUCGGGUGCUGUCCGUGCUGGGCCGCCACAUGCGCGACUUUCUGAAUGGGCUGGAUAAUUUGCACGAGUAUCUGAAGUUCUCCUACCCGUUGAUGCGUGCGCCCAGCUUCAUCUGCGAGAAUGAGACGCGCCACGGCCUGACGCUCCACUAUCGGACCAAGCGCAAGGGCUUCGUUUACUACACAAUGGGCCAAAUUAGGGAGGUGGCGCGCCACUUCUACCAUAAAGAUAUGCAAAUCGAGCUGGUCAAAUCGGACCUGCUGGGCGAAACGAAUCACUACACGUUUCAGCUGACGUUCGACAACCGGGCCUUCUCGCUGGCCACCCUGGCGAUGACGCGCGAAGAGAAGCACCUGCCCAUUAGCGCCUCGGUACUGUUCGAGAUAUUCCCCUUCUGCAUCGUGUUCGGGUCAGAUAUGGUGGUCCGCAGUAUAGGCAACUCGCUCAUGGUAAUCCUGCCCGAUUUGCUGUCGAAGAAGAUCACCGAUUGGUUCGAGCUGCGUCGGCCGCUGAUAGCAUUUAAGUUCCAAACGAUACUCAACCGCACCAACAACAUCUUCGAGCUGGUUACGGUACAGUCGGUGAAGAAGCGCCCCGAAAACCAGCGCAAAACCGAGCUCGUCCUGUCGGAGGAGGAAGAGGAGGAGGAGGUGGAGCGGCGCCUGCGGCUCAAGGGCCAGAUGAUCUACAUGGAGAACUGGUACAUGAUCAUGUUCCUCGGUACGCCCGUCAUGCCCAAGCUGACCUCGCUCAUCAGCACCGGGCUGUACAUCAACGAUCUGUCAAUGCACGACUUUAGCCGUGAUCUCAUGCUUGCCGGUACGCAGCAAUCAGUCGAGCUCAAGCUGGCCCUCGACCAGGAGCAGCAAAAGUCGAAAAAGCUGGAAGAAUCGAUGCGCAAGCUGGACGAGGAGAUGCGCCGCACGGAUGAGCUGCUCUACCAGAUGAUCCCGAAGCAGGUGGCGGACCGGUUGCGGCGGGGCGAGAACCCGAUCGACACCUGCGAGAUGUUCAACAGCGUCUCGAUCCUGUUCUCCGAUGUGGUCACGUUCACCGAGAUCUGUUCCCGCAUCACGCCGAUGGAGGUGGUCUCGAUGCUGAACGCGAUGUACUCGAUCUUCGACACGCUGACCGAGCGGAACAACGUCUACAAGGUUGAAACGAUCGGCGACGCGUACAUGGUCGUGUCGGGCGCUCCCGCCAAGGAGCAGAACCACGCCGAAAAAGUCUGUGAUAUGGCCUUGGAUAUGAUCGAGGCAAUAACGGAUUUGAAGGAUCCUUCCACAGGAACUCAUCUUCGUAUACGGGUCGGUGUCCACUCGGGCGCCGUGGUGGCCGGUAUCGUCGGGCUGAAGAUGCCCCGGUACUGCCUGUUCGGCGACUCCGUCAACACGGCCUCCCGCAUGGAGUCCACCAGCCAGGCGAUGCGAAUACACAUAUCGGAGUCGACCAAGCAUCUGCUGUCGGCGAACUAUCGCGUCAGCGAGCGGGGCGAGAUCGACGUCAAGGGCAAGGGCACGAUGAAGACGUACUGGCUGGACUAUCGCGAGAACCGGCCCCCGCUGCAGCUGCUGGACGAGGAAAUUAAAACGCCCGCGAUCGAGUACGACCCGGGCAAGGAUCGGCGGGUCAGCAUUCCGUCCUGCAUGUUCUCGCAGCCGGCCCACAAACAGUCGCUCGGCGGACUCAGCUCGGCCGGGCUCGAGGAUCGGCGCGUCUACUCGCCGGUCACGUUCGAGGAUGUGGCGCGGCGCAGCAUCGCCAACUCGCCGGUCAAGCUACACGCGUUCGGGCCGCGCGGUCGCGAGAAUCGAUCCAACUCGACCGGGCACGCGUUCAUGCACAGCGUGUCGGACGUGUUCGGCUCGCUAGUGAACGAUACGGAGGAGUUCCUGGAGGAUCUGCAGCACCGCAACUCGAUCAGCAACACGCUGUACUCGGCCUCCACGCCGUCGCCCUGUCCGUUCAGCCCGCCGGCACAGUUUCGCACGAAAUCAAAGUCCUGCUACCAGGCGCAGUUCAUGGAUAAGGAUCACGAGCUGCUGUCCGGAGCAAGCAAAUCGUUGCUGCAGGAAGUACCGAAAAAGCCCAAGGGCAUCCUGGCGAAAGCGCAAACCGUCGAGCACGGACCGGCCGCCCCGUGCGAGCACAAAGCGAAGGCCCGCAAAGCCAAGCUGGACGCGGUGAAGCAGCAGCAAACGAAGGCACUGGAAAAGCUCGACCAGAUGGUGCAGGAAAUCUACGACGCGGACCUGCCCGGCAUGUGCUUCGUCAAUCCGCCCGGUUCACGGUCGGACGGCAACAUCUGCCAGUCGAACAGUUGCACCCUCGGUAGCAGUAGGUCCGUAGUGGACGCGAGCACUAGCGACACCGCUUCCACCACCACCACCGCCUGUAACGCACUCUAUACACUUAACCUUUACUUUCCCGUUUCAUGUUCACCCGGGUGUGCUUGCGGGCUUGUGCCCGACCACUGCAGCCGACCGCAGGCCGUCCCUUCGUCCCAUUUGGGCGCAGGGCAACCGGGCCCGUCCGGCAGUGGUUUGCCGGGGGCGGCGGGUGCCGGCCCUGGUCCUGGUGCACCCGUCUGCGAGCUGCAUGCCCAUCUGGCCCCGCGGCACUGUCACGGUUGCGAGCCGGUUGCCGGCAAGGUACCGCAGAGCAUGAGCUUUCAACACCCGAAAGAGCACAAGUGCUGCCCGGCGGCAGCGGCCACAGCGUACGCCACCCACGGUCAGAACGGACGACACAAAGUGCACUCGAACGCUUGUCACAUUCUCUAGGAAUGUCCCCUGCCCCGGUAGUGGACCCGUUGUAGUGGGUUUGCUGUAGUAGCGCACGUACACAUCCCUAGAGUUGCAUCAUAGGUGUUCGGUGCAAUACUGCGACGAAAGCUUUAACCGAACCCAAAACCGGUCAAGUAAGAUGUUUCUAUUUGUCUUUAACUGUUUUUUUACGUUUUUUCUAGACAAAUGUCCGAAAGGUUUGUACGGGCACGGUCUAGCUGCACGUACCUUGCAUGUUGUGCAUACUUAAAGUGUUUAAACUCGCGCAACUUAAACCCGGCGGGCUAAUAUUAUGUGUACACGGGAGGGAAUCAGUAGCUUAAGCGGAUCGUUGUUCUAGUGAUAUUGUGUCCACAAGGCGCACUGAUAGCAAAUGAAAGAAAAAAGGAGGAGUUAAUUUAUUAUCUGAAUGUCCUUAUUUUCGCAAAGGAACCCGUCACAGCUCACAUGCAGUACUUAAGAAGAUUAGUUAUACAAGCAAAUGUCAACAAACAAUGGCACACAGUACUCACACUCUGAGUGAUUUGUUUUACUCGCUAGUCGCUAGUUUAUUGCUACCAAAAGUGGCGUGAUGUUGACUCCUACCUGUUAGUAGAUUUACACUUUCUAGGAAGCAAAACCAACCAACAAUGUACGACUUCAACGACACGGAAUUGGGUAUUUACAUUCGUUGUACAGUGCAGAAGUUUAGGGCCCAAGUGUAGCCAAUGUCGAUGUGAAGGUGUGUAUUUAUGUCCGUGUCUGUUUGUGUGUGUGUGUGUGUGUAUCUUGUCACGAGGAAGUUACUUAAUCAGGUUCAAUUGACAAUAAGCAGAUAUAUCUCAGAUGUCCCACCCACACCCCUCCCGGCGAAUGUUCCCCACGCAGUACAACUAAUAAAGCAGACAGAGACAGUCAAACGAGAA